AUCAUCUUUUGUCUUUCCUGUUUGACAGUUUGACAACCUCUAUGGAUGCCGCCACUCCCUCCCUGAUGGCUUGAUGAGGGCCACCGAUGUUAUGAUUGCCGGUAAGGUUGCUGUGGUCUGUGGUUAUGGAGAUGUUGGCAAGGGCUGUGCUGCUGCCCUCAAGCAGGCUGGUGCCCGUGUCAUUGUGACUGAGAUUGACCCUAUCUGUGCCCUCCAGGCUUUGAUGGAAGGUAUUCAGGUUCUGACCCUUGAAGAUGUGCUAUCAGAAGCUGACAUCUUUGUUACCACCACUGGAAACAAGGACAUUAUCAUGGUCAACCACAUGAGGAAGAUGAAGAACAAUGCCAUUGUCUGCAACAUUGGUCACUUUGACAAUGAGAUCGACAUGCUGGGUCUCGAGACAUUCUCCGGCGUGAAGAGGAUCACAAUCAAGCCCCAAACAGACAGGUGGGUCUUCCCUGACACCAAAUCGGGCAUCAUCAUAUUGGCUGAGGGGCGUCUGAUGAACCUUGGAUGUGCCACUGGCCACCCCAGCUUUGUGAUGUCUUGCUCGUUUACCAACCAGGUUAUUGCUCAGCUUGAGCUCUGGAAGGAAAAGAACACUAGCAAGUAUGAGAAGAAGAUCUACGUUCUACCCAAGCACCUUGAUGAGAAGGUCGCAGCACUUCACCUUGGAAAACUCGGGGCCAAUCUCACCAAGCUUUCUCCUGACCAAGCAGAGUACAUUAGUGUGCCUGUUGAGGGUCCAUACAAGCCUCCACACUACAGGUACUAAGAUCUGGAGAGAGAGCCGAAGAUUCAAAGCAUUGAUUAUUUUGUUUUUUAUUUUUAAUUUAAAUAUUUCUAGUUUAUCAAGGUAGUUUUGUGAUGGCUGGAGAUGGGAGGAGAAAGCCGGGGGGGGGGGGGUGUGAAUUGGUCUCUUUUAGAAUAGUUAACAAGUUGGUCUCUGUUAGAAUAGUUAACUAGAAGACCUUGGGUUUUGAAUAAGGGUGAGAUGGUUGUGGGUUUGUUUGGAUGGA